UGUAUCCGGACCGCGCCAUUUUAGGGUCGAGUCUUCUCUUCCGCUUUGUUGGCUCACGUGACUCUGCUUCUUUCCCCUUCGCCCCGUGACCUGCGUCGGUGGCAGAUCCACCGGGAGAUCGCUGGAACCCCGGAAGCCGAAAAUGGAACUGUUGACAUUCAGGGACGUGGCCAUUGAUUUCUCUCUGGAGGAGUGGGAAGACCUGGAUUCUGCUCAGCAGAAUUUGUAUAGGGAUGUGAUGUUGGAGACUUACGGAAACCUUGUCUCCCUGGGUCUUGCUGGCUCUAAGCCAUACAUGAUCACCUGUCUGGAGCAAAGCAGAGAGCCCUGGAAUGUGAAGAGACAAGAGACAGUAGCAAUACACCCAGCUGUGUCUUCUCAUUUUGCCCAAGAUGUUUCAUCAGAACAGGAUAAAGAACACUCAUUCCAAAAUGUAACAAAUGGAAGAUACAGUAUUUGUGACCAUGACAACUUACACUUAAAAAAAGAAUGGGAAGGUAUGGGUGAAUUUGAAGGUCAGAAUGCAUGUUAUAAUGGUUAUAACAAAUUUGUGACAACUAAAGAAAGCAAAAACUUCACUGCCAUCAGAGAUCAAGAACAUAUAGUAUCUCCAAAAAAAUCUGAAUUUAUGCCUGCUGCUUUAAAAGACCCAUGUGUUUUUGUAAGUAAACAUUCACAUCAGAUUUUGAAACAUGCCUUUUCUCUCAAAGGAAAUUUGGGAAAUCUAAAGAUGAGACCAGUCCAUGCUUCAGUUGAUCACUUGAAAAAUUUUAAAUGUAGGAUUGGAUUAAAUUUUCAAGCAUUUGUUUUAGUAGACAAUAGAUUUAAAAGUGAAGAACAAAAUCCUAAAUUUAAUCAAUUUAGUUCAUUUAUGAAAGGUUUGUUAUUCUGCAAUCAACAAAAAGGUCUUCCCUAUACCAAGUUAUACAAUUUUCAUAAGUAUGGGAAAUUAUUUACCCAUCCGUUAUUGCAUAAUCAAAAUCCAGAUAUAGACAUCUAUAAAUGUAUGGAAUGUGGCAAAGCUUUCAAAUGUUCUUCAAACCUCACUCUACAUAAGAGAAUUCACAGUGGAGAGAACCCUUACAAAUGCAGAGAAUGUGGCAAUGCCUUUAAUAAUCGCUCAGACCUUACUCAACAUCGGACAAGUCAUAAUGGAGAGAAGCCAUACAAAUGUGAAGAAUGUGGCAAAGCCUUUAAGUGUUGUUCACACCUUACUCGACAUCAGAAAAUUCAUACUGGAGAGAAGCCAUACAAAUGUGAAGAAUGUGGCAAAGCCUUUAAUUGUUGUUCACAUCUUACUCGACAUCUGAGAAUUCAUACUGGUGAGAAACCCUACAGUUGUGAAGAAUGUGGUAAAACCUUUAGACAUGGUUCAAAUCUUACUCAACAUCAGAGAAUUCACACUGGUGAGAAACCUUACAAAUGUAAAGAAUGUGGAAGAACCUUUACCCAUUGCUCAACCCUCAAUCAACACCAGAGAAUUCAUACUAGAGAGAAUACUUACAUAUGCAAAGAAUGUGGCAGGGCCUUUAAUACAUUCUCAAGCCUUUCUAUACAUCAUAGAAUACAUACUGGAGAAAAACCUUACAAGUGCCAGGACUGUGGCAAAGCCUUUAACUUUCGUUCUGACCUUAAUAGACAUCGGAGAAAUCAUAAUCGAGAGAAGGUAUACAAAUGUAAAGAAUAUGGCAAAGCUUUUAAUAACUGUCCUAAUCUUACACAGCAUCAGAGAAUGCAAAUGGGUGAGAAACCCUACAAAUGUAAAGAAUGUGGCAAAGUUUUUAAAUAUUUUUCACACCUUACUCGGCACCAGAGAGUUCAUAGUGGGGAGAAACCAUACAAAUGUAAAGAAUGUGGCAAAGCCUUUAAUGAAAAGUCAAAACUUUUUCAACACCAGAGAAUUCACACAGGAGAGAACCCUUACAAAUGUAUACAUUGUGGCAAAGGCUUUAAUAAUUGUUCAAGCCUUACUCAACAUCAGAGAAUUCAUACUGGAGAGAAGCCCUACAAAUGUAAAGAAUGUGGCAAAGCCUUUAACAGUUGUUCCCACCUUACUCGACAUCAGAAAAUUCAUGAAAGGGAGAAACUGCUGAUGAAAGAAUGUGACAAACACUUUACCUGUUGCUCAAAGCUUACUCAACACUAGAUAACACAUACUGCAUAGAAUUCUUACAAAUGUAAAAAUUUUGGUAAAGACUUUAGUAAUUGCAAACCUUACUCAACAUCAGAGAAUUCAUACUGGAGAGAACCCUAGAAAUUUAAAGAAUGUGGUAAAGCCUUUAGUGGAAGUUUAGUCCUUAUUAAAAAUGAUACAGUUUAAAUUGUAGAACUCAGAACCUAAAAAUAUUUUAAUUGGAUAAAACUUUUAUAAAUCUACAGAAAUCAGCAAAACUUUUAAUGUAUGUAUGAUUAUAAUAUAUGUAAGAUAACUAGAGAGAAACCUUACAAAUACAGGAAAUGUGGCAUAAUCUAACUUGCUCAAAAUGUGCUAGACAUCAUUAGUUGAUGUAAAAAGAAAUCAGUUCUCAUCACUGUCAGAAAAUAACGCAGGUAAUGCCUCCUUGAAAGGAUAUAAAUUAAAGUGAAUCCAUGUUUUUUAAAUAGCUUCACUUUUUGAAAACUGAACAACUCUCAAAUAGAUCAUUGUAUCAGCAGAAUAAGAUUGCUUCCUGACAAGUUUUAAACUUUUUUUCAAAGAAUAUACAGUAGGUUUUUUAAAUACUUUCUUGAGCUUAUUUAUUUAUUUAUUUGUGGUACUGAGGAUUGAACCCAGGGCUUUUGCGUUGUUAUUUUGAGGCAGGAUUUUACUAAAUUACUAAGUUGCCAAGUCUGGAAUUUUGGUCCUCCUACCUCAGCCUCCCAAUGUAUUGGGAUAAUAGGUGUGUAUCACCAAGCUGGGCUUAUUCUUGUAAAUUAUAUUUUUAUUUAUUUCUCAUACUUUAGUAAUUACUGGAAAAUUGUAAUGAUUAAAGGAGUAUAAUGGUAAAGCCCUGGAUUUUUGAACCUGAAUUACAGUUUAUAAAACUUUACCUUCUAAUUAUUUUCCACAGCCUACAAAGCAUAGAGAAACUUUGGUAUUCAUUUACAUUAACUGAAAUAUACAAAUAUUACAAUCUAAUGAUAAACUCUACACAUAAGAGAACUAUAAAAAUACUAUUGGUGUGAAUUUGUAUGUUUGUCUAUUGAAAAAGGAAGUAUUGAUACAAAAGAUUAUUCCAAACAGUUGAUAAUUUACUACAAAACCAGAAAACUCACAUAUUAUGAGAAACCUAUGUUUACACUGAACUCAUUUAUUCAGAAUGCUAUGGGUUUUUUUGCCUGUAACUUUUGAAAGAGCUAGUAUGGCUUACUUGAUGAAAUUUUGUUUAUAUGUCCUGUUUGGGGAUUUUUAGAAUAAUUUUUAUAAUAUCUAAUGGUAUUCAGAAGUUAAUUUGAAAAUUAAUUUCUCAGUGAACAUAUUAAGUCAUUUUUUAAUUAAUAUAACUCCACUUAUUCUGUCUCAAAGAGAAUACUUUUAAGUCAUUUUUAAUGUAUUUUUAAUUUGAUAAGUGACAUACAGCUUAAUGAAUUUACUGAGAUAAUUUGUUCUGGUGAAAAUUGGGGAGGCUUCAUAAUUCGUGGAGUUGCUUUAACAUUUGUAUGAAAGAAAAACAGCAGAACAGAGCUGGGUAUAUGAAGUCUCCAUAAUUAGAAAAUGAUUACCGUUAUGAAUUUAUUGAUUCAUGUAAGAGAAGGAAAUAUCCAAUGUGAAUAAAUGAUAUUAAUUCUACAAGUGGAAAGAAGAUAACUAUUCCAAGGCUACACAGAUACUUUCUGAAUUUAAGAAGAGGAUCUUUUUUUCAUUGCCUAAUCAUAUUUAAAAUGUCAUUGAUUCUGGAUUCAUUUAUGCAGCUUUGGAGCAGGUAUCCUCACUGCACAUGCAGAACUUUUAUUUCUUCAGCCUCCAUGCUUUUUCCCUGACAUGAAGCAAGAAUAUGUGAGGAAGCUCCAUGCUGUUUUACAUAAUGGCUCCACUAAUUUGCAUGCAACCAGCAUGUAACAGGUCUCCUUUCUCCAUCAUCAUCAAGUUUUCAUCUUUUGCCUUUUUGAUGGUAGCCACUCUACCUACACUUAAGUUGUAUGUAAUUAUGGUUUUCAUGUACAUUUUUCUAAUGAUCUUUAGUGUUGAGCAUUUUUUCUUGUAUGUUUUGAAUAUUUCUGUCUUUUGAGAAAUGCCUGUCUAUAUAUUUUGACAAUUUUUAAAUUGGAUUAUUUGGUUUUUAUUUUUGUCAUUAAGUUUUUUGAUACUCUGACAUUGUUAAUAACAAUUAUUCGGAUGAAUGAAUAAUGUAUUUAGAGUAAAGCUCGCUGUGUUUCCUCAAAUUAUAUUUUAUGUCUUCAUAUUUACUCUUUCAUAAUUUUUGUUGCUUUCCAUCAAGUAUUUAUUUUAAAACUCUUAAUUAUUAGUGAGACCUUUCUGGAAUAAUCUAAAAUUGCAGGUCUUAAUCACAGUCCUCAUCAUGCAGAUACAUUAUAAGGGUUGAAUUCAGUCUUCAUUCGAAAAGCUGGUAGCAAACAGUUAUGUGCAUGCACAUAACUGCAGCCCCUGUUUCCAUUUUUGUGGCAGAAAUUGUUGUUCUUGGCAAGGGCAAACACCAGAAAGCAUGAGAGGAGAAACUCAUAUUUUGGUUUCCAUUAAGGAAAUCCAUUGUUCUUAGACCUCAAUUGUGAUAAUAGCCGGCGGGGGUGGGGGGGGCGAUCUUUAUUGUAUCAUGAAGUUAUUCUUCCUGUUAGUGUGGAGGUAGUGGAUGAAGGGUUUGUGUGAGUAACAUUGAAGUAAAUUCUUAAGAUACAUAAGUGGUUUGUCGGGGUAAUCUUGCAUGGUUUAAAAUAAAAUAACUGAAGUAGGGAAAUAUAUUUUAAAAUGCAAUUUUCCUUCAUUACCAAACCGCUAUGAACAUAAAAAUUCCCAACUAGCCUUCAUCCUAGGGAAGCCUCUGACAGGUGUCUACCAAAUUCUUUCCUGGGCUUCCAAUUCCCAUUCCACAAUUUUGGGGCCCAGAAUUCCCUUUCUCCCAAAUCUGCCUGCAGAAUGACAUCUGCUUUUUGUUCUAGGUCACAGGUCCCACUGUUGGCACUGAAAUAAUCUAAGAGGAUUGCAGUCAUCUGUUCGUGCUCUGUUUCCUGGUUUUGGGGGUUUGUUUUUUUUGGUAUUGGGGAUCGAACUCAGGACCUUGUGCUUGUGAGGCAGGCACAGUGCCACUGAGCUAAAUCCCCGGCCCCUCAAGCUCUGUUUUUAAAGGGACCUAAUGUCUUCCAAUUUAAAACUGAUUCAGAGACUCUGUAACCCAGAAACCCAACAGACACUCAAAUUUACUUGGCCUGAGAUGGUUGACUUCAGCAUCCUCUUUCUAAAAAAGAUAAAAUGUGCAGCAAGCACCCGAUUUUGCAUCUCUUCAGUGCCCUAAAUUUGCAGUUUAAAAUUCUCAUUUUAAGGCCUAGGAGUUUACAGUAAAAUAGUGUACAUGGGAGCAAGUCUCUGUUUCCUCUUGUUUUAGCAAUGAAAAUACAAAGUAGUAUAUACAGAUGUAAUGAAUAUAAUGCUUGGCCUCUCCCUAGGAUCCAAAGCCAUGACAAGAUUUUCGUGCUAGGGGUUUAAAAAAAACCCAGGGAAAUCAUUUACUGAAUGGUAAGAGAUCAGCAUUUUCUUGCUAAAGCCAAAGGCUGUCUUUCUGAUUGUCUGCUGCAAUAGUGUAUGGUUCCUGGUAAUGCCACAUCUGUAAGUAUAACAAAAGAACCAGUAUCAAACCAGUGCUUACAGUGUUAUUGUAUUGUCUUCACCCAACAUCAAAUGGAAAUGAUUCAUGAACCAUAGCAGUUUUUUGGAACCCACAAAUACAUUGCCUAUGAGCUGUGUAAUCUUUGUACACAUUUUACCCCCAGAGUUAGUUGAUCAGGGAGAGGACUAUCAAACCUAGAUGUAGGAGUGGUUGUGUAAGCACAGCUUUGUUCCCAAUUCUGACAGCGAAAGGUCAGCUGCAAUCUCCUGCAUGGUUAGCUACUUGGGCAUCAGACCAGGGUUACUGGAGGUCCUCGCGAGAACCUAGAAGUCUUGGGCUAUUACGCUGGCAUCCUUUUAAAAUCUUGUGCCAUUAUGGAGAGAGUGAGCCAUCUAGAGUGUCUCCACCCAAAGAAUCCCCCUGGUUAGUGCCCAUAAGCAUAUUCAUGUGGUUUAAUGUUUCUUGAGAAGAAUGGAGAUCAAACUGAUAGAUAAAAUAGUCGGGGUUUUUUGGUACCGGGGAUUGAACUCAGGACCUUGCACUUGUGAGGCAGGUGUAGCACCACUGAGCCAAAUCCCUGGCCUCACUUCAUUCCUUGUUCCAAGAAACAAGACCCAUGGAACCUACCAUCUAUAAUACUACAUAAUACAGCAAAUAGAUUAGUUGUUGAAUUCAGCAUCAUGUGGUAAGUAGGAAGAAUGGGUGGUGUACAUGUAAAACUAGAUGUAUGGUGACUUUUUUUAAUGUUACCAAAUAGCCCAAAAGAAAGUUACAUAGACUUGGAGAGUUUCUUUUGUGCAUACUUAGGGAAGACUUAAUACUCCAGUGUCACAAAGAACAGAAGUCUAGAGCUCACUGCUCAAACUGAGGCCUUAUCCAGGUCUCCUGCCCUUCAGUACCCUCAUAAAACAGCAACUCAGACUUGUCAGUGCUUCUCCCACCUCAAGGUAGUAUUCGUAAUUCUUAAAAAUCAAAAAGCAGACAAAUGGGGUCAACUUUAUGAAUGUGCUGGUGUCUUAAUUUCUGUCUUGUUAUAUACUAGGCUUGUACAGUUGUCCCACCAUUUCUCCAUAUCCAAUAGUUGUUCCAGGUGUUUGGAAAAUGUAAAUAUAACCUCACUAUGAAAUAUGAAAUCCCUCUGAACUACGUACAGGGCCUUUUUUUAUCCACCCAAUUCCUUGUCAGUUCUCUAGGUAAGUUUCAAAAAAUCAAUGCUAUGGAAAAAGAAUUUGAAAGGUGAAUAUUAACAUCUAAGAACUAAUAUGACACAACUUGUGUAGUAUACAAAUUCAGCUUUCUCAUCACAGACAUGCAUGCUCAGUAAUAUUGCAUGUGAAUACAUGUUUCACAUAUGCAGAGUUACUCAGACAUAAACUACCAUAUCUAGCCAUCACGUUAAAGCCAUCACUUUAAAAGGCUGGCAAGUAUCACAUUUCAGUAUAGUGAUUGAUGCUUUUUGACAUAGGAUAUUUGGUUGUAAGUUGCUCUGCUUCUUUCUCUAGCUUAGUACUACUGAUAAUGGGUUUGGGACUUCACAGGGACCUUGUUAAAAAUGCCAGUUUAUGAGCAUUCCUCAAAACUAGAAAAUCAUAAUUCCUUAGACUGAACCUGGAAUACCAAGUGAUGUAUAUGUACAAUGAAGUUGAGAGAUACUGCUGCUUUCAGCCCAAGUUUCCAACUUACAUCACAUUACCAGCUGUAAGAAAUUCUAUCACCUAUGUAAUCCCCAGAUUUUGUCUGUUGGUCUGAGUGAAAGCAUGAAUGUUUUUUUUUUUUACCUGCUCCACUUAAUUGUUUAAUGAGAGCAGAGUUAAGCACAAGAUCUUCCAGAUACAUUUAGGACAGUUGAGUUUAGCCCUUUCCAAAGGCUAGUGACAAGCAGGACUUGAUAAGCAUGAUUUGAAAGGGACACAUCACAGUAAUCCAUAUUUUUUUAACCCAUAUUUCUAGUUCUGUAGCAAAAAUUGGUUUGGCAGGGGAGAGCACCUGCAGGCCUGAAAGGAGAAACUAACAUUUUGGUCUCCAUGUAGGAGCUCAUUAUUCUUGAGUCUCAACUAUAAUGCGAGCCAGGGAAGGCAGUCUUUACUGUCAUUCUUUCUGUGGGUGUGAAAGUGUGUAAAGGGGUUAUGCUGAUAUCACUUUAAAUCCUCAAGGUGAAUGUUUGAUUUGUUGAGAUAGCCUUGCUUGCCUGAAGAAGAAACAGAAGGAAAAGAAGAGUAAAAUGCCUGUUCUCAGGUAAAUGUGUUCUGGGUCAGGUGAUUGGCCAGUCUCUCUCCUGAAGCGUUAUGUAUGCGGACCAUUCUAACUAUUAUUAUUUCAUUUCUGGUGUUCUUGCCUAUUUGAGUUUAUUUCCCAUUUUUGUUUCUUCCUUUGUUAUGAUAGUCUAGAUUUUUUUAGAAUACAUUUCAUCGAUAUGCUGGCACAUUCUCAUCAUGCUAUUCACCACAGCAUCCUAUUGCCAUGAACAUUUUUCUCCAUGAAUUUAUGAGCUACAGUUUAGAAGAUGUUCUUUUUUGAUAGUUAACCUGGAAUGUGUAGAUACUCUAUGGCUGUUGUUAAUGGAAAUAAGUCCUGUAAUACCAGUGCCGAAGAGGAACAUACAAUGUUUAGAUUCCAUCUGGAUGUUCUAUCAGUUCUAUGUAGACAAGUCCUUUGAUAAUGCACACUUGAAAGUAUGAAGAUCAUAACAUUGAAUGCACCAGAAAGUGCUUAAAGAAAUCAGAAUUAUAAAAUACUUCUAAAAAGCUAAGGAAAUACUAUUUAAGAGUAUUGAAGGCCAGGGAUUUAGCUCUGUGGCACGCGCCUGCCUUGCAAGAGCAAGGUCCUGAGUUUGAUCCCCAGUACCGGGAAAAAAAAGUAUUGAGAUUUAUAGGACAUGAGAGACAUAAUGUCUUGAACUUUACAGAAUGAUUUUGUUUAAUGAUGAAGUUCAGGUGCUGCUGUACUAUUUACUUUUUUGCAGCUAAUAUCACCGGAGUAUGUUCCCUUUGUAUAUAUCAGUACCACAUAACAAUAUUACAGCUGAUUUUUAACUCAUUAAUUUAGUUGUUCUGUGCCAGACUCCUGUAAAAAUAAAUAUUUUUUCUGUUUAUCAUUUA